UUGUUAUGUGCCAACAUAGAUGGUGGAGAGGAUGAUGACGGUUCAGAAUAUGUGUACGCAGAAGAAGAACUUAGGUAUGAUCUUGAGCACUUACUGGAUGAACCUGAAGAACACUUGGAUCUCAGGUGUGCCCACAUUGUGGAACGUCUUCUCUUGUCAGAUUGUGAGACACUUUUGGAGAGGGCAACAAUGGAGAAAUACGAGAACUUGAAAACCUUCUAUCACGAGCUUUCAAAGACAAUACAAAUUGUCUACGAGGCAGAGAAGUUCAGCUUAUACUUUUCUGCUCAACAGGAAGAUAAUUCUGAGCCAAGAGAGAGAUUGAAAGUUUUUAUUGACAAAUCAAGCAUUGAAAAAGCAAAAGAUAUUUUAAAACGAUUCGACCGUGUGAAUUUGACAAUUGUUGUUCAUAAAUGGUCAAGAAAUUUAUCUGAUGUCAAUCUCGGUGAUAUAAUGCAGAAAUUUGAUUUUAUUACCGACCUGUAUCUUCUAUUUUUGACGCAUAUAUAUACAAGUGUGAACGGUAAAUCUUAUAACAUGUUACAGAAUUUUCUAAAUUUCGAAAAAUUUCCAAAAUUGCGAACACUUAAGGUGAAGCAUAUGUUUGUAACAGAUGAAUUCUUAGAGAAAGUGAGUAACAUGAAACUGGAAAGUCUGAUGUUUAUUGGAUGUACUUUUCUCACUUCCAAGGAUACUGUGCAAACUGUGCAACAAUGUAAACAAAUUGAGGUAGCUUUUGGAGAAUCAUAUGAGAAUAUCUGUUUCAAUAGGUGCAGGUGGUUUCGUCCUAUUCUAUCGCCUCUGGCACAUAAACAAACAAUAAUAAUCAAAGUCAAUCUAAAUAAGUGCGUAAAAUUACGCAAUCUGACGGUAAACACGGGUGAAUAUGCGAGUGUUAUGCUCAGUGACCAAAUAGUAAGGGGUCUAAGGUGUUUAUCACUAGGCGAAAAGAACCGUGAACUGCUGCUUUCGUCUUUUCAGUGUUAUGAUAUUAUACCAGAGUAUUUAUCAAUUGACAUUUUUGAUCUAAAGCUCGCUAUUAAGUUUUAA